AUGGAGCUUGAAAAUUUCCAACCAAGUUGUAUUAAUCCAUUUCUUGAAUAUAACAACUUGGAUACCACAUUUUCUUGGAAAAAUCCUAGUAUUGACCCUCAAUGUUCCAUCCAAGAUUUUGUGACUGUCGUUAAUGAUGUUGACAUACUAGACUAUUUCCCAAAAGACUUCGAUUUCAUCGAUGGUGAUGUUGACAUCCCCCUUCAAAACGUUGUUCACGGAGAUACUGAAUUCUUGAUAGAGGGUCAAAAAUCACGUGUUUGCAAUCUACAUCUCAAAUUCCUUAAAGAUCAGCUCAUGGAGGAAACAGGUGUCACUGAUCUUCUUCUUAUGGGAGCUGAGGCUAUUGAAGCUAGGAAUCUUGAUCUUGCUUCUAUAGUUGUUUUGAGGCUAAAUACAAUCCUUUCUAAUCAAGAAAACAAAGAAAAUCCCCCUAUUGAAAGAUUGGCUUUGUAUUUCACACAAGGCUUGUUAUGCAAGACCUUGAAUAAUUCAUCACCACAUGAAUUGUUGAAUCAGCAUCAAUAUCAAACAGAGUUUUCGUCUUCAAUGACCGCGUUCCAAAUGCUUCAAGAAAUCUCCCCUUAUGUGAAAUUUGCUCAUUUUACCGCGAAUCAAGCGAUUCUUGAAGCUACACAAGGGAGCCAACAAGUUCAUAUAUUGGAUUUUGACAUCAUGGAAGGCAUCCAAUGGCCUCCCUUGAUGGUAGAUUUAGUCGAAAGAGGGAACAGAAAUUCUUCUCUAAGGAUCACAGCACUUGUUAUUGACAAGACUUACUCCUUCUAUGUGAAAAAGACAGGCAAAAGACUUCAAGAAUUUGCUGAUUCUAUCAAUCUUCCUUUCAUGUUUGAUCAAGUUCUCCUAGAGGACUUCGAAAAAAUUCAAGUUGUGGAAGGUCAUAACAACUUAAUAGCUAAUGUUAUGAUCCACCAAAUUUACAUGCCACAAAGGGGUAGUUCACUAGUCAAGACAUUUUUCAAUGGACUAAGAAAAUUGUCCCCUAAACUUGUUGCCUUAGUUGAAGAAGAACUCUUCAACUUGACCAAAAUCCCGUCUCUGUCUUUUGUUGAGUUCUUUUGUGAGGCUUUACACCAUUACACGACAAUAUCUGAUUCAAUUCUUGGAGGGUUUGGUGGAGGAUACAAAUUAGCAUUAAGGGUCAUUGAAAAAGAAUUCUUAAGAGUAAGAAUUUUGGACUCUUUAAGACAAUUCCCUUGUGACAAAUUAGAAAGGGAAAAAUGGAGUGACGGGCUUUAUUCUUUAAAAGGUUUUAGGCAAAUUCCAAUGAGUUCAAGUAAUGUGAGACAAGCUAAGCAUUUGGUGAGUUUGUUUAGUGGAGGGUAUUGGGUGCAAAAUGAGCAAUGCAAAUUGGCUUUGUGUUGGAAAUCAAGGCCUUUGACAAAUGCUUCCAUUUGGGUUCCUACAUCAUCAAGUACUAGUCCUUCAAGUUCAAUAUCUUUUUAA